UGUACUUUGCACGUUUCAUCUGGUCCUGAUAGCUUAGCACAAAUCUUCAAAUACAAUUGUGACAAAGAAAUGCAAAAUCAUUAGAAUUUUAGGUGGACAACUUCUACAUAUCAUUAAAGACUUGCUUGGGAUUGGAUUUGCAGAGCCUUGGGCAUGUAUAGUUGUAAGAAGAUAAGAGGAAGACAUACCAGUCAAGCUAAAUCUUCCAUAAAACUAAACCAGUUCAAUUUGUGAAGAUAUCAGUUAUGCUUGGGUUUAAACAGAAGUGGGUUGGAUCAUUCAAGGGAUCAGGGAUUUAUGCAAAGAAUCCUGACUUGUAUAUGCAGAUCAAGAUGGCAUUUAAUUAAAAAAUACACAGCUGUACUUGUUGUAUAGCCCAAUAUAAAACUUUGUGAUUAAACAAAACUGCAGUUAAAGCAUUGUGAAAAAAGUUAUUCUAUAAUUACAAAAUGUGAGGUUAUGAAUGUAAUCAGCAGUAAUUAAAGAUUGACUUCAUUGUUCACUGACUAAGAGCUAGAGCCUUAUUUAAAUUGAUUUUCAUUUAUUCUAAAUAUAAAAUUUCUUAAAGAUCUGAACUGAGUCACCGCUUAAAAAACACACAGCAAGUGAUUUUUUUUUUUCCAGAGCCAAGAGAAAUACAUGCCUAUGCCUGGACCACGAGUAGCUCCAGCUUUCUGGAGCCAAAUCCUCAGGUAUGUAUUUUUUCUCCUGUUACUAACUGUCAGAAACAAUAAGUUAGCAAUGAAAAAGAAAAAUUAAAACCAGUGUGGACUGAAAGUGAAAGUUGGUAUUGCACAUUAAAGACCCAGAAUAUUUACAGUAACAUUUCUACUUGCAUCCCACUUUGCCGAGUAAAACACAGAUCACUUUUCAUCCUUGGUUGCUUUCUUUGUAAUAUACAACAGAUAAGCCUUUUGAAUACCAAGAAUUUUUUUCAUUGCUAUCAUUCUGAAUUCUGACUGUGGAAUGGAUCAGAGAGCACUGAAAUAAAGCCAGUACAUGUACUGGCAAAAUCCACAACUGGGAUAAAUCACUUCAGUCCCCAGUUUUUGUCAGGAUAGUGGUCAUGGGUUGACAAGAUACAAGUCAAACUGGAAAUAGCUGGAAUCACAGUUUACAAGAGUUAACUUCAUAAAAGCUGCUUCUCUGUGUGGCUACUGCAGCCUUUGAGAGCUGAAGCGCCAUACCUUCCAUAUCAGGAAGGUGCAUAUAUUGAGCCUUUUGCUGAGCUAGGAAAAGUAGGCUGAGCCACAAAUUAUAUGGAACAGCCCAAUAUGCUGAAAUAGAGACAAUCAUAAGAAAAGUUUAUCAACUUUGGACUUUGAGAGAAAAUGGUAAAAAGAUGAAUGCAAAGUGAGUGACAAAUGGGAUUAAUCCAAGUGAGAGCUGAGAAUGAAGUUGAGAAUGUUAAGGAAGGACAUGAUGCAUUCUGUGUUUGUGUAUAAGAAAGGCUGAGUAAUAAAAGGUUGCCUGGUGCCGUACACCUUCAUGCUCAUUUUGGAUCCUUCCUGUGAAAAAGCCCGAUUCACCUAUGUCCUCCUCACCACAAGGUGGCACAUAUGUACUCCCUAUGAUUUUUAACUGUCUCUACAGUUUACUUCAUUCUUACAUUACUUCAAUUUUUACACAGAGGAAGGAGUGAGAGAAUAAAUGCAGGGAAUGAUAAACUGCAUUAUAUUAUCAAGCACAGACUACUAAAGGUAAGCAAACUACUCUUAAUAUGUGGGUUAAUUCCAAACUUUCCUUGUUGCUAUUAUUUACAAAAGGGUCUGAGGUGUAUGCACAUCAAAAAUGUGGGAAACAAACAGGAUAAGGAGGUACUGAAAAAUUAGCUCCAUUGUGUUUUAUAAAUACAUUCACUGGAAAUUCAACAGAAUUUAAGGGUGAAAUGGACCAUAGACUUUGGGUAGCAGACUGGUGCCAAAGAUCGAAAUAAGCGUAUAGAAGCAGAAAAUCAGGAAUAUCUACCCAUUAUUUUGAUUCCCUGUAUUUUAAGUCUGCAGCUCAGCCAGUGGUUGAUAUACAGCAUAAGAGUUUUUCUUGCAUUGUGGCCACUUCUAGGGAACUAGACUGUUACGUAGAAGUAAUUUUUCCUUCAUGCUGAUAAAGACUGUGUUUGAACAGGUCUUUGAACAUCCAAAUAUACAGUCUCAUUUUCACCUAGUGGCUGAUGAAAUAAAAAUCUCAUGCUAUAAAGAUCUAUUGCAUGAUCUAUAAAUGGCCCCAGCACACCCUUUUCCACAGUACAUAAUGGACCCACAUGCUUCAUAUCCAUCAGAAAGGCACUAAGCAGACUAUGAAUCCACCGAACUGCAGAAGGGAUUUGAAAGCAAAUGGAGAUAAAUGUGUGAGUACAAAAGAGAGGAAGGAGGAAUUUCUUAAGGACAGAUAACUGCUGACCUAAACCAAGCACAGAAACACUGGCUAGUAUGUGAAGCAGUUCUGUCCACAUACCACAGAAUAUAUGUUUUUAGAAAGUAGAUUCUUGGAGAUUUAAAGUAUAAACUAUGUACACAGCUCCCUCUGAUGACCACUGGACACGAUACAAUGCGAGUCUCCUUUUAUUUUUGUUCGUGCAUUCAACUGACAGCUGACUGGUUAAAUUCUAAUUGCUUCCAAGUGAGGUCAGCAAAGGUAUUUAUCGAAAAGGACUGAACAACAGGCUCAACACACACAUGCACGCGCACGCAUAAGCACAUACACACCAUCGCUCCAGCGUGUUGAUUUAUGGAAACAAUUAUAAUUCUGGUGGAGUCUUUCUGAGCUGAGAAAGUUUGUAGCUACAGUAGAGUGUCUCAUGUUGCAAAAAGCAGACAACAGAAAUGGAGUACUUGUGUAUCCAGCUCUUAUCAACAGGAACAAAUCUUUUACUUUCAGUGCAAGCAGCAAAUUCAAGUAGUACAGAAGGUCACGACAACAAAGGUUUUUAUAACUUGUGUCUUUAAAGGAUAUUCUGACUGAAGAGAUAUUUAAGAAGCUCUUCUAUUUCACCACUAACUAUUAAGGAAUAACGAUCAGAAUUCUAGAAGAGGGAACAAUCUCAUUUAAGUGAAUCUGUAACUCGUAAAGACAGAAGGCAGGUCGGUGACCUAAGAGCAACAGUCUACUUGAGAUUUAAUUUUCAUUAUGUUGUUCAUGAACACCCAGAACACUGCACUAUAAUGCACAAAUGGAUACUGACAUGGAUCCUGCCAAUUUUGCUCUACAGAUCAUACUUUUACAUUAUCUUUCUAAUGGGCACUAUAUCUUUAGCUUGCAAUGACAUGACUCCAGAGCAAAUGGCUACAAAUGUGAACUGUUCCAGCCCUGAGCGACACACCAGAAGCUAUGAUUAUAUGGAAGGGGGGGAUGUAAGAGUGAGAAGACUUUUCUGUCGAACUCAGUGGUAUAUGAGGAUUGAUAAGCGAGGCAAAGUAAAAGGGACAAGAGAAGCAAACAACAACUACAGUAUUCUAGAAAUCCGAACAGUGGCAGUUGGAAUAGUGGCAAUCAAAGGAGUGGAAAGUGAAUACUUUCUGGCAAUGAACAAGUCAGGAAGACUCUAUGGAAAGAAAGUAUGCAAUGAGGACUGCAACUUCAUAGAACUGAUUGAAGAAAACCAUUAUAACACAUAUGCUUCUGCAAAAUGGACACACAAAGGAAAGGAGAUGUUUGUUACAUUAAACCACAAAGGGGUCCCCAUGAAAGGUAAAAAAACAAAGAAAGAACACAGAGCAUCCCACUUUCUUCCACUGGCAAUAUCCUAAUCACAAAUGAUCUAUACAAAAACUAGUUCCAGCAGGAAGAUUAUUUUUAAGAAGACUAUUUGACAAGUUACCAAGAGAGGCUGGAAUACUACUGAGAAACUGAACAAGCUGGACUUGCGCAUUUAUCUUUAUUUUUAAAAGACUACAUGAAAAAGAUUUGAAAAUAUACACAAAACCAGAUUUACUAACUAAAAGUUGUAAAAAAUUCUAAAGAGUUGUACAAUCAUUAUCUUAGUCAUUGUAACUGGGUAGUUUCUUAAAUUAAUUUACCCUGAAGAAUAAGUCAUUACUUGAUUAUCUGAUAAUAUUUUAUUUAAAAAACCCUAUCUGCUUCUUAAAUAUGGCUGCUAUAAUAAUAAUAAGCAGAUGAUAAUGUUGUGUAAAAUAUGUCAGACUUUAAGGCUGCUGGAAUGAGUUGUCAGAUUAUCAAGUCAAUAGUAAAUGUGGAGGCUGAGCAGUAUUUUAAAUACUUCCCCAAGAAACUGAUAUCCUAUACAUAAACUAUAUGAUCAGAAAAAAAAUAUAAUCUUGUAAAUGUUUAUUGUUGUAUUCAGAUAAAAGAGUUAGUUUGGAAAAAUUAUGUUUACUCUAACACAAAAUGUUCCUAUCUAUUAAUGAAACAAAUACCUAAUGCUGCUCUAAAAGAUGUUUCAAAUAGUGUAUGUAAAAUAAGAAUAGGAUUAAAUAAUGUACUUCAUCUCACUUUUCACAAAUUAACAUUUUAUAUAACGAUGAAGCAAAAAUUCAGACAUAUUAAGGUUUUUUAUGUAACAUAUCCUAUCUUUUGUAUAAUUCCUGUUAGGGCAUACAGCUUUCAAUAUUGUUUUUCCAUCCUUAUACAUGCUUUUUCUGUUGUUACAGCAUUAAACUUUAUUUUAAGUUGUAUUUGAA